CUUUUCCCUCCCAGUCCUGGCUUGCUCACUUUCAGUGGCCCAGGAGACCAUGUGGAAAAGACGCUUCAAGGCUGGCUGAGCUAUUGGGAGCCUGGGGAGUGGCCAUUGGUGCCCUUGGGACAAUGGAGCUGGUGAAUCGUCACAGUGGGUGUCACUGUUCCUUUCCAGCCAAGAAUCUUUCUGGGCUGUCUUCAGAGUUCUGGUCAUCCUGCCCCUCUUGGAGUCCAUCAUGGGAAACUGGGUCUCAAGGCUGCGCUGCCUGGGGGAAAAGAGAAGCUGGUCCAAAGGCCAAGUGGGCCCCUUUCCAUCUGCAGACCUCCAGGACCUGCAUCUCCCAAGGGUCUUCUGGGCCUCCUGGGGCAUCCAUGCCAUCCAAGUGACAGAGGUGACAGAGACUGUAGUGACUGAGGCUAUGGAGGUAGAGCCUGGCCAGAAAGGAAGGCAUGCAGCCCAGGUGAGGCAGGACAGCCUGGGGGUUAGCACAGGUGGGGGAGGCAGAAGGUUGAACCUAUCCAUCUUGCGGGUAUCCCCUGCACUCCUGCAUACCCUGCAGAGCUGGCUGGAUGGUAUGGAGAAGCUGCAGGCCUCCCAGGGUCCCUUGGCCGCUGAUGCCAUGGUGGCUGCUGCUCAGUUGCACGAGCAGGAGCUGCUCCAGCACCUGCUGCAGGAGCGGGCACCACAGGUAGAGUCAAGGCUGCAGGAGGUGGGGAGUCCAGCAAAGCUGCAUGCACAGUGGCAUCGCUUGGUGCAGCAGGCAGAGAACAGGUGGGGGCUGCUGCAGCAGCUUGUCCCAGCAGCACAGAGCUCUGAUGCAGCCUGUGAGACCCUCCUGACAUGGUUGGGCCCUGGUGAGCAGCUCCUGGCUGAGCUGGGACAGGGCCAGCUAGGGCUCAAGGGCCAGGAGAGGGUUGUGCAGUGUUUGCAGUCCAAGUUCCUCCCUUGCCUUUGUCCCUGCCCUAGUCCCCAGCGCCCCUGCAAUGCCCACGACUUGGCACUGCCUUCUCUGGCAUGGUUUGGAGAGGAUGAAGCUUUGCUUGUGAAGCAGCAGCUGGGGACUCAGGAGUAUGUGAAGCUGACUAUGUCUAGCACAGCCCACAUUUGGCAGACACUGCUCUGUACUCAGAGGAUAGGCUCCCCCAAAUCCUUAUCCCCAACAUACCUAGAGGCCCAGCUUGAUCUGGAGGGUCCAAGGCCCAAAGACCAGGAGCAGGUAUGUAUCCUCUUAUUCCUAACCCCCAGGAGAGGACUCUAUCAUGUCCUGCCCACUUUGAUGCCUACCAUCCUGGGGAGCAGGAAUGGCUGGGAGUGCAUCUUCAGGGCUCUCAGCCCCAGCGGGGGUAUCUGGAACAAUGCUUCCCUCCCCCUCCAGCUGAACAUCCAACUGGCCCAGCUAUCAGAGUGGCUUGAGCAGCUGGUAUCACAGGCAGAAGCCCGUGGCCAGGCAGCAGCACCCAUGGUGCCCAUCCAGGAAUGGCACCUCUCACCAAGUACCCCAGGGCUUUCAGGGGUGUGGCCAGGUGGAGGAGGUACGCCAGAGGUGGGGGCCAGCUUGGUGAGAGUGAGGCAGAGCCCAAGGCCGAGUUCUCAGGUGGUCAUGUCUGUCCUCAGUUGUGCUCAGGCAGAGCGGGAAACCCUGAGAGGGUGCUGGUCAGAAACUCAGGAGCAGGACGCUGGGCUGAAGGCCACAUGGGAGCCAGUCCAGUGGAUUCCAUGUGGCCUAGCAGAGCAAGCAGCCAUCAAGAAGGGGCUGAAGCCAGAGGGUGGCGACUGGGCCCCAGCCCUGCAGGGGAAAUUGCUGCUUAUAGGUCACAUCAUGGAGGAGUUGCUCACAUGCCCCCACUGGCUGAGCCAAGCUAAGGCCCUCAGGACCAAGGUGGGGCCUAUGGCCAGAAGCUCCCACCUGCACAGCGACUUUGUGCAACAGCCCAGGGAUCUCAUGGAUGGCAUGUUGGCAUCUGGUGGGAAAGGAAGUGAUGGCUGUCUGGUUACCUCCGGUGGACAGCAGGGGGUACAGAUGGGCACAAGCACACAGGUUACCAGAGAUGGGUCCACAGUCCAGGGAGCCUUGAUGAACAGGUGUGAGUCUGAGCCUGGUAGGUGGAUGUUAGGGGAGAGCCCUGGGACUUGUUUCCAUACUCCAAAGGAGGCCUUACCUGACCCUCCUGGGGCUGUACAGGUGACUUGGGGUGCCCUAAUGGUUCAUGUUGGAGGAGGCUGGGUGGCUCUGGAUGAAUUUCUAGUCAAGAAUGACCCAGGCUGAGCAAAGGGAAGGACCAGCUGUAAGAUCCAUGAGAGGUUCCAGUACUGGGCCGGGGUUCAGAGUGUGAAGGCUCAGGAUAUCGUCGCCCUGAAGCUCUGGACUUCCAUCUCCCCCAGACCCCUGCCUCGGAUGAUGGGUGUUGGGAUGGGCUUCAGGGAGGGGGUUAGGUACCCCUCAGUGCACAAGGGACCUUCUCUGAGCCCAGAUGAGGUGGCUGGGCACUGGGGUGAGGCCUGACCACUUCUCCCAGACAGGGCUGCCAACCUCUCCAGCACAGAGACCCCAGUCCUUCCAAGGUCAAGGCUAUUGAGCCGGCACAAAGAGCAGAACCCAGAGGACACCAGGACUUAGCAGGCCCUGGACAGAAAGCAGGGCAUGGAGUCAUCCACAAAGGGCUGAGCAGGACCCCAAGGACAGGGACUGGAUGAAGAGUAGCUGGGGACAGCAAAACCGCAGCGCAACUCGCUUGCUCUCACUUUCAGGCAAUAAAAGGCAAUAAAGUCACAUUUGGGGAACCAAAACUGCGAGCUCGAGCUCGGGAGGUCCACAUUUCUCUUGCAAACUCCGUUCAAAGGUUGUCGGGCGGGCGCAGGUCGC